UUAGCAUGUCGCAUGUUUUCCACGGCCACGCAGUGGCUACAUUGUAAAUAUUCAUGAGUUGUUUUGUUUUGCUUUUUGGUAUUCAUUUAAAGUUAGGUUUAAGGUUAGCAGUGUGGAAAAUGUAAGGAGCAAGGUUAGGGCUAGGUUUAAACUCACAGUCGAAGAAGAUAAAUUGUAGAAAUAGGCGGUUUUUUGUUGACUUUGUGGCUGUGGUAACUAGUAGUGACCAGGUCGCGUUGCGUGUGAAGUUAAAGGUGUACAAUGGGAUUUUUCUGUGGAAUUAUCAAACAUAACCUCUGUCAAAUCUCUCUUUGUUAAAAUAGAAAACGGCAACAAGCAGAGGUUCAGGUUGGGGCACAUUUAGCCCUAUAUAGCCGUUGAGUUGCAAAACAAGAGUUUGUCUUUGAAGCAGUGCUCAAUAAUCAUGCACAAUGGCAGUGUCCGUUAUCUCAUCUUCUUCCAAUACCUCGGGACAAAGUACAGUGGCGUUAUGAAGGCUCCUCCACACCAAGCAGUCAAGGGUGUCCAGAACUACUUGGAGGAUGCGGUACGGUGUUUGAGGCCGGUGAAUGAGGUUUCUCUGUCCAUCUCCAGUCGGACAGACACCGGUGUCCACGCCCUUGGAAACUCCGCCCACUUCGACCUCCAGCGGCAGAACGGCAAGCCCCCAUUUGCUGAGGAGGUCCUGGUUGACGCCCUCAACUUCCACCUGAGACCGGAGCCAAUCAGAAUCACCCGUGCCUACCGGGUCCCCGGUGGGUUCCAUGCCCGUUUCAGCGCUGUGUCUCGGACGUACGUCUACCGGCUAGCCACGGGCGUCACUCAUCACUCCUGCACGCCACUGACCGACGCUAACCUCUGCUGGGGGUUACGGCCCGUUGACCUGGAUGUUGGUGCGAUGCGCGACGCUGCCUCCCUGCUGGUGGGUACCCAUAACUUCAGCUCCUUCAGAGCCCUGAACUCUGAGACACCGUUUAAAGACCCGGUAAAGACCCUGGAGAAGGUCGGUCUGGAACUCGGAGACGCCUUUGUACACAAACACUUCCACAGAGAUAUUCAGUUCUGGGAGCUUACCUUCAAGAGCAGAUCCUUCCUCUACAAACAGGUGCGUAGGAUGACAGGGGCUCUGGUGGCAGUUGGCCAGGGACAGAUGUCUGUCUCUGGGGUGAAGGAAUUACUGGAGGCCCAGGACUCUCAGGCCUACCCACACAACCUCACAUCACCCCCAGAAGGACUCUUCCUCACCAGGGUGGAGUACCACCGGUCAGGCGCUUGGUAACGUUUGAAUAAAAUGAGAAAAAAAGAAGAACCCUCUUUAGAUGUAAAGCUUAUUAAAAAGCAGUGAUACUAUCAAGAGCAGUGUGCAGGUGUCUUCUACAUUUUUUUCUCAAACAGCCAAUCACGAGUCCCCAUGUCGAACCAAAUACUACAUGUCAACAUGUCCUGUCAGCUGUCAGUCAAACUGCACAACGACAGUGCUCUCAUUCCCCCGUCAAACCAAAACGAACAUUUUAAAAGGGAUACAUUGGGAAUCAUCAUGCUAGCAGAUACCCAUAGACUACCAGUCAUUGGGCUAACGCUAGUUAGCUUUGGCUCGCGAAACUACCCCUAACUUCCUUCAUACUUGGACACAGAGAAAAAUAUUAUCCACAAAAUCACCAGUCUCUGGGGAGGUAGAUAAAGGGUCUCAUUGCCAAAAUCCCGAAGUAGCUUCUGUAAAAAAAAACUAUUGGUCGCUAAAUCCGGAGAAAUGACAGACAGACCAUGCGAAAAACAAACAACUGUUGGUCACUGAAUCCAUCUCGGUGGACCACGUCAAAACGUUUGGUUGGAAUGCCCUCAUCCGUCUGAGUGGCCAGGCUGUGACUUCCCUCACCCGCUAUAUACUUAUAACUGAUUGGUUCUGCCCACUGCUGUCCUGUUGGAACACGAUGUUAAGGCUCAUCGCUGUCCUCUCGAUAGUCACCACACACACAGCUGUUUCUAUUUGAGGAUGUUUCUAGAUGUUCCUAUUACUGUGGUCAUCUGAAUGACAUGGAAUCUUAUCGUUGUGGUUUUAUAAAGACACAAGAAAAUGCACACAUUUGCAACUAUGCAAUAUACAAAUGUUCAUGAAUAAAUGACAAAUAGCUUUACACUUACAACAUGUCUAUUAAGGCUUAUAAACACAGUACCGAUAUAAAAUAUAAACAUCUUGGAGAGAGAGAGAGAUAAACCAAUUACUUGGAAUGACAAAGGGUUAAAGUGUAUGGCACCCCCUCUCUCUCCAGUCUUGUGUCAGAAUCUGCCAGGCUGAGAUCUUGUCAGAUCUGGAACCACAAGGUCGUAAAUUACUCUUCACAUGAGCAAGCUCCAAGAACCGUCUGGGAUGACUGUAGAAUGACUGGGAUGACUCUAGAAUGACUCUGGGAUGACGCUAGAACCCUCUAGGGUGACUCUAGAAUGACUGGGAUGACUCUAGAAUGACUCUGGUAUGACUCUAGAAUGACUGGGAUGACUGUAGAAUGACUCUGGGAUGACGCUAGAACCCCCUCUAGGGUGACUCUGGGAUGACUCUAGAAUGACUGGGAUGACUGUAGAAUGACUCUGGGAUGACGCUAGAACCCUCUAGGGUGACUCUAGAAUGACUGGGAUGACUCUAGAAUGACUCUGGGAUGACUCUAGAAUGACUCUAGAACCCUCUGGGAUGACUCUAGAAUUACUCUGGGAUGACUCUAGAAUGACUCUGGGAUGACUCUAGAAUGACUGGGAUGACUCUAGAAGGACUCUGGGAUGACUCUAGAAUUACUCUGGGAUGACUCUAGAAUGACUGGGAUGACUAGAAUGACUCUGGGAUGACUAGAAUGACUCUGGGAUGACUCUAGAAUGACUCUGGGAUGACUCUAGAACCCUCUGGGAUGACUAUAGAAUGACUCUAGAAUGACUCUGGGAUUCCUCUAGAAUUACUCUAGAAUGACUCUGGGAUGACUCUAGAAUGACUCUGGGAUAACUCUAGAAUUACUCUGGGAUGACUCUGGGAUGACUCUAGAAUGACUCUGGGAUGACUCUAGAAUGACUCUGGGAUGACUGGGAUGACUAGGAUGACUCUAGAAUGACUCUGGGAUGACUCUAGAAUGACUCUGGGAUGACUCUAGAAUGACUCUGGGAUGACUAGGAUGACUCUAGAAUGACUCUAGAAUGACUCUGGGAUGACUCUAGAAUGACUCUGGGAUGACUCUAGAAUGACUCUGGGAUGACUCUAGAAUGACUCUGGGAUGACUCUCCCAUGGAAGCACAAUAAAACACCACUAUAGAAAACGCUGUGUUAGUGUCUGCAUGCAAAAGAUGUUUACCAAUACAACCAUGAAAGCACCUUUGCAACCAAUGCGAUAACGCAGUACUUAAUAAUACUGCACAUGAUAAACAAUAGGCAAAGCAGCAAGUCUAACAUUACAGAACGGUAAUACAGUGGGACAUGUGGCUGAAGGUUAUCAAGGUAACAGGAAGUAAUUAUUCAGACUUUCCGUGUUGACAAUAAAAAGUCGUCAGAAACAUGGCGUCUCCUCCCUUCGGACGACGACGACGAUGAUAAACACUCCGACCUGAGUGGGCGGGUGCAGUGUCCAGAUGAACAUUUCCAAGUGCUCUGAUUGGUUGGGAAUGGCAAGGGUGAGGGAUGACUAAAUUAGGCUGGAAAGCCAAAUCUACUGAAGUGACUGUGUGGGGAGAGGAGAGGAGCAGGACAGACUGUUAUUUUGUUGUUUACAUUCCCUUUAAAAGCACAAGGAGGCAUACUCCAUGACGACUUGAGUUGUGUAGACUGGGGCACCUGUGGCUCAGCUCCUCUGCAGG